CCCUCUUCUGAAGGGUGUUGCUGUAAUUUGACACCCUACACAAGGCUUGAAAAUAUUAAACUCUCCCCAUCCUUAACGUCAAUGUUGGAGUGCUUUCCGGCAAUGAAAACCACCUUAAGUACCCCAUUCCACAAAUCAUUAAAGUAAGAUGAUGAUUGAUUAACAGUGUCCAUCUUCAACUAUAAAUGCUUCCUUGUGUCAAAAGAGCCACACCUUCAUCUCUCUAUCUUUUCUUUCGCUUCCUCCAUCACACACACACUCACUCACAAAUUCAGACACUAAUGUCAACAUUGAACCAUCUUUUUGAUCUUCCUGAACAGAUAUGCUACGUACAAUGUGGAUUUUGCACAACCAUUUUAAUGGUGAGUGUCCCAUGCAGCAGUUUGUCAAUGGUGGUGACAGUAAGAUGCGGGCACUGCACAAGCCUCCUUUCUGUUAAUAUGAUGAAAGCUUCUUUUGUCCCUUUCCACCUUUUAGCAUCUCUUAGUCAUCUUGAGCCAAAAGAAAGUAGUCAAGAAGAAGAUGCUAACAAGACUUUGAACAGCCAUAGUGCAUCCCUGAUGACAUAUUCUGAUUGUGAGGAAGAGGAUGUAAUUCCAAUUAGUAAUGUUGUGAAUAAACCCCCAGAGAAGAGACAGCGAACACCAUCAGCUUAUAACUGCUUUAUCAAAGAAGAGAUUAAGAGGCUAAAGGCUGAAAACCCUGACAUGGCCCACAAGGAAGCUUUUAGUACAGCUGCAAAAAAUUGGGCCAAUUUCCCCCCAACUCAGUACAAAGGAGAUGAAGAGAGCUCUAGCCAGACAGAUCAACUUGUGGAUCUUGACUCCCAAGUGGACCCUCCUGAUGUUGGGGUCAAUGAAGAUGAAGGUCAAGGUUUCCGUGGAAUAAAGGUUCCAAGGAACUCCAUCUUGGAAAGGACACCGUUUGAGUGAAGAAAGUUCGGCUUAUGUGACAUAACAAGAAAGCUAUUUUCUGUCUUAACAUUAAGAUUGCUUCUAAAUCGUUUUCCUCAUGAAGAAUAGAUGUUCUUGGUAAUGAAAAUUAUUAAGUAGGGUUGAGAGCUGACAAGUUGAGACUUUAGGAAGUGCUUAUAUGGAUAGUUUCAUCUGACACCUUUCUGUUCCACCAUACCUGUUCCAUUAAUUAGUCUUCUUGACCACAAAUGUUUUUUUUUUUUUUUUAAAUUUUUGGGAUCAUGUUAAUGUUUAUUUGUUAGUGUUCUUUGA